CUCCGCAAUGGCCAACAUCGAGAGAAAAGGUACGUUUAAAGUGGAGUAUUUGCUCAAAAUCGAGAAGGAGGUGCAAGAGCGUUGGAGGGAUCAGAAGGUAUUCGAAAUAGACGCUCCCACCGAUAAAAAACACCUGAACGAUGAGAAAUUCUUCUGCAAUUUCCCCUAUCCCUACAUGAACGGGCGUCUGCACUUAGGCCACACUUUCAGUCUAUCGAAAUGCGAGUUCGCUGUGAGAUACAACAGAUUAAAAGGCAAAAGAGUGCAAUUUCCGUUCGGUUUCCACUGCACGGGUAUGCCCAUCAAAGCGUGCGCUGACAAACUGAAACGAGAAAUGGAAACGUUCGGAAACCCACCCAAAUUCCCCGCCAACCAAGAGGAAACGGCGGUCGCAGUGGAAAAACUCGAAACUGACAUUUUAAAAGAUAAGAGCAAAUCGAAGAAGAGUAAAGCUGUGGCGAAGGCCGGGACUGCCAAGUUCCAAUGGCAGAUCAUGCAGAGCAUCGGCAUCUCCGAUGAGGAUAUUCCGAAAUUCGCUGACGCUUUGUACUGGUGCGAAUUCUUUCCCCCGAGAGCCGUAGACGAUCUAAACAGAUUCGGCAUACACACCGACUGGAGAAGGACGUUCAUAACGACAGACGCGAAUCCGUUCUACGAUUCCUUCGUCCGAUGGCAAUUCAUCCGGUUGAAAGAACGCAACAAAAUCAAGUUCGGCAAAAGGAACACCAUAUUCUCCGAGCGCGACGGCCAGCCCUGCAUGGACCACGAUCGCGCUUCGGGCGAAGGCGUCGGCCCCCAAGAAUACACUCUCGUCAAGAUGAAACUGCUGGCGCCCUACCCCAAGAAACUCGCCCGUUUCGAGAACAAAACGGUAUGCUUGGUGGCCGCUACACUGCGACCGGAAACCAUGUACGGCCAAACGAAUUGCUGGGUGCGACCCGACAUGAAGUACAUCGCUUUCGAAACCAAAACUAACGAGGUGUUCGUUUGCACGCGCCGCGCCGCCAGAAACAUGGCCUUCCAGGAGUUCACCAAAGUCCAAGGGAAGUUCGAUGUACUCGCCGAAUUGACCGGACAAGAUCUACUAGGUUGCGCUGUUGCCAGCGCAUUGACUGUAUACCCGAAGAUCUACGUCCUACCCAUGUUGACUAUAAAAGAGGACAAAGGUACCGGUAUAGUUACUUGUGUACCAUCGGAUUCGCCUGACGAUUACGCCGCUUUGACGGACCUGAAGAAAAAACCGGCGCUGCGCGAGAAAUACGGCAUCUCCGACGAUAUGGUGUUGCCCUUCGAUCCCGUCCCCGUCGUGGACAUUCCCGGUUACGGCAACCUCGCGGCCGAAGUCAUUUGCGAACAGCUCAAAAUCCAGAGCCAAAACGACAAGGAGAAACUACUCGAGGCCAAGGAGAUCUUGUACACCAAAGGUUUCUACGAAGGGAUAAUGGCUACAGGCGAGCACAAGGGCCAGAAGAUACAAGACGUGAAAAAGACGAUUCAAAAGAGCAUGAUCGAUAACAAUCGAGCCGUGAUUUAUUACGAGCCCGAGAAGAAGGUGAUGUCUCGUUCGGGCGACGAAUGCGUGGUGGCGCUUUGCGAUCAAUGGUUCCUCGAUUACGGCAACGAGAAUUGGAAGAAACUCGCCCUGAAGGCGUUGGAGAAGAUGAACGUUUACUCCGACGAGGUGAGGAAGAACUUCAUGGGCUGCAUCAAUUGGCUGCACGAGUACGCCUGUUCGAGAACCUACGGUUUGGGCACCAAAUUGCCUUGGGACGACCAGUGGUUGAUCGAGUCUCUGUCGGAUUCCACCAUUUACAUGGCGUAUUAUACCGUAGCUCAUUUUCUACAAGGCGGUACUUUUAAAGGAACGAAACCGAACGCACUUAACAUCAAACCCGAGCAAAUGACGCCCGAAGUAUGGGAUUACAUCUUCUUCAAAGAUGCCAAAUAUCCAUCGAACAGCGGCAUUAAGAAAGAAACUUUGGAUAAAAUGAAGAACGAAUUCGAAUACUGGAUGCCAUUCGAUUUGAGAGUGUCAGGCAAAGACCUCGUCCAGAACCACCUGACGUUCUGCAUCUUCAAUCACUGCGCCAUAUGGGAGCGGGACGAGUCGAAGUGGCCGAAGAGCAUCUGGGCCAACGGGCUGUUGAUGUUGAAUUCGGCGAAGAUGUCGAAAUCCGACGGGAAUUUCCUCACGUUGUCGGAGGCCAUCGAUAAAUUCAGCGCGGACGGGAUGCGAUUGUGUUUGGCCGAUUCCGGCGAUACCAUCGAGGACGCGAAUUUCGUGGAGAGCACCGCGGACGCGGGCAUUUUGAGGCUCUACACAUUCAUCGAAUGGGUGAAGGAAGUGCUGGCUAAUAAAUCGACAUUCAGAUCGGGAGCGUUCAAUUCGUUCAGCGAUUUGGUGUUUCAAAGCGAGAUCAAUUCGAAAUUGAAGGAAACCGACGAGUUGUAUGGCAAGAUGUUGUUCAAAGAGGCCCUGAGGACUGGUUUGUACGAGUUCCAAGCGGCUAGGGAUAAGUACAGGGAGAUCAGUUUGGACGGCAUGCACGUGGAUUUGGUCAUGAGGUUCAUCGAAGUGCAAACUAAAAUCCUAGCGCCCAUUUGUCCGCACGUGGCCGAACACGUCUGGGAGCUCCUCGGACACAAAUCCAGCGUGAUUAACGGGCCCUGGCCGGUGGCCGGUGCGGUAGACGAAGUGAUGGUGAAAGCUUCGGAGUAUUUGAUGGAAACGGCGCAUUCUUUCAGGAUCCAUUUGAAAACAUAUCUGCAAGGCGUGAGGACCAAAAGCAAUCCCAAUCCGGCGCCGGUGGAGAAGCCCGACGUGAUGGAAAUUUGGGUGGCGAAAACGUUCCCGUCGUGGCAAAACGCCGUACUCACCACGAUGAAAAAGCAUUAUGAAGCGAAUAACGGCAGACUGCCCGAUAACAAAACGCUUUCGGGCGAGUUCGGUAAGAUGGGCGAUUUGAAGAAGUACAUGAAGAGAGUGAUGCCUUUCGUUCAAGCGACCAGGGAGAAUAUGGAGAAAAUCGGAGCGAAGGCGCUCGCUUUGACGUUGGAUUUCGACGAAGCAGAAGUGUUGGAAACGAAUAAAAUCUAUUUAGCGAACACGUUGAACGUGGAAGAGGUUACUAUCAAGUUCACCGACGAUCCGACCGCUACGGAAAAGAUGAAAGAAUGCUCGCCCGGCUCGCCUUUCGUAUUGUUUUCCAAUAAGCCCGGCGUAAAGAUCGAAUUUAUCAAUCCGAUACCCCAAACCGGUUUGUUUAACAAAACUAUUACGAUUUGCGACGGCGAUACUUACGAUAAAAUCGUACAGAAACUCCAAAAGGACACCAAGGCUAUGAAAAAAGGAGAGUCGGUGGAAUUGUGGAGAUACGAGGAUCCAGUUUUAGGAGCGAGAAAAAUGCCGGCGUUUAACCAACCUACUAAAGGUAAAGUGAAGUUACCUAAAAAUUCGGUAUUUAAACUGGAAGGAUCGGACGUGAAAGUUCUAUUAGGUAAAGAGGUUUGUAAUGUAGGGAACCAAUUAGUUUAUAUGGUUGUUUGAUAAUUUCUAAUUCGAUUACACGAUUAUUUAAUUUGU